CUGCGAGAAGAGCGGGCACCUCUGCCUCCGCUCCUCUGCCCCGCGUCCAGUCCGCUGGGUCUGCUCCCUACUGCGCGCGCGGCAGCCGUGUGGCGGGAGGGCGCUACUUUCUCCCGGUCGCGGGCAGUACGGGGACGGCAGCGGGACAACUUGGAAAACUUCUAUGAGCGAGUGGCUGGGAUGCUGGGCGCUGGUAGAAGAUGUAGGAGGGCAGUGGCCGGUCCUGGGUGUCCCCCGUCCUCCUGGGUCCUGUUGGGCCAGGCCAUGGGGAUCUAGCGCCUUCAGCGUCUCCGGGUGGGUGACCCCCUCGUCUAGCCGAGCCAGGGCUACGCUCUCGCCUGCAGCGCGCUCGCUGGACAGGGAGCGUUCCCUCUGUCCUCGUCCGGCUCAGCUAUGGACCACUGGGAGCCCUACUCGGUGCAGGCCACGGCGGCCAUCGCGGCGGCCAUCACCUUCCUCAUCCUCUUCACCAUCUUUGGCAACGCGCUGGUCAUCCUGGCUGUGUUGACCAGCCGCUCGCUGCGGGCCCCGCAAAACCUGUUUCUGGUGUCGCUAGCAGCCGCUGACAUCCUGGUGGCCACGCUCAUCAUUCCUUUCUCGCUGGCCAACGAGCUGCUGGGCUACUGGUACUUCCGGCGCACGUGGUGUGAGGUGUAUCUGGCGCUCGACGUGCUCUUCUGUACCUCAUCCAUCGUGCACCUGUGUGCCAUCAGUCUGGACCGCUACUGGGCAGUGAGCCGCGCGCUGGAGUACAACUCCAAACGCACCCCACGUCGCAUCAAGUGCAUCAUCCUCACUGUGUGGCUUAUUGCAGCCGUUAUCUCGCUGCCUCCUCUCAUCUACAAGGGUAAACAGAAACCCCAGCCUCGCGAGCGCCCUCAGUGCAAGCUCAACGAAGAGACCUGGUACAUCCUAUCCUCCAGCAUUGGAUCUUUCUUUGUUCCUUGCCUCAUCAUGAUCCUUGUCUACCUGCGCAUCUAUCUGAUUGCCAAACGCAGCCACCGCAGAGGUCCCAGGGCCAAGAGGGGCCCUGGGAAGGGUGAGUCCAAGCAGCCCCAACAAGUCCCUGGGGGGACUUUGGCCUCAGCUAAGCUGCCAACCCUGGCCUCUGCUGGAGAGGCCAAUGGACUCUCCAAGCCCACUGGAGAGAAGGAGGAAGGAGAGACACUUGAGGAUGUUGGGAGCCAACCCUUGCCACCUGGCUGGGCUGCCCUUUCCAACUCAGGCCAGGGCCAGAAGGAGGGUGUUUGUGGGGCAUCUCCAGAGGAGGAAGCUGAAGAAGAGGAAGAGGAGGAGGAAGAGUGUGAGCCUAAGGCAGUACCAGUGUCUCCUGCCUCAGUCUGCAGCCCACCCCUGCAGCAGCCACAGGGCUCCCGGGUGCUGGCCACCCUACGCGGCCAGGUGCUCCUGAGCAGGGGUGUGGGUGCUGUGGGUGGGCAGUGGUGGCGUCGAAGAGCACAGCUGAGCCGUGAGAAACGGUUCACCUUUGUGCUGGCUGUGGUCAUCGGUGUCUUUGUACUCUGCUGGUUCCCCUUCUUCUUCAGCUACAGCCUGGGUGCCAUCUGCAAGCCCUGCAAGGCGCCCCGUGGCCUCUUUCAAUUCUUCUUCUGGAUUGGCUACUGCAACAGCUCACUGAACCCUGUCAUCUACACCAUCUUCAACCAGGACUUUCGCCGUGCCUUCCGAAGGAUUCUUUGUCGCCAGUGGACCCAGACGGCCUGAGCAGGAAGCCAGCCCCCUUCCACUUUUCUGAGGAGGGCCUGCUGCUGAGGAGGAGGAAGAAAUGAAGACUAUUAACCCACGUUGGGCAGGUUGUCCCCAUCAGGUGCUGCACUGGGGAGUUCAUGGGAUGGUACCGUCUCUGGGCCCAUCUUUCCCCUCGUCCCCUGCUUUUGGAUUUGGGGGUCCUUUAAAAGCCAGAACUGUGGAUCUGUUUCCUCACCCAUCACCCUCUGAAAGGCAGGUGGGCACGAGGAUGCCUCCGUGGGGUGGUCUGGAGGCCUGGCCUCUGCCUCAACGGGAGAUCCCCGAUCACUGGCAUUCACCUCCCUGCAAAAACUGGGGUGACAAUAGCUUGCCGCCUACUUGCUGCAGGGAGAUGAAAGCCUUUGCAGAAAGCUUUGAGCUCUGUGGGGGAACGCACUAGAGGACCAGAA